AUGAUUCAAGAAAUUGGGAAUCGACUUUUUGUGAAGACUGAUGCUUUUUACCAAGCUUAUAUCAAAAACUCACCUCAAACACAAUCUUGUUGGAACGAUCACACAUUUAAGAAUGAAAAAAACGCAGAAGAAAGCAGUGUUAUAAGACAACUGGCAGAGAUUCAUAAAACCAGCGAGUCGAAGUUCAGACUUAUCUUCUCUUCAGAGCAGUCACAGUUGAACGAAAAUACACUUUAUGAUUCGCUUAAAGGUUUCAACAACAUCUACGCUGUUGUUAAAGAUACUUCUGGCAAUAUUUUUGGUGCUUUUGUUACGUCUCCACCAUCGCAGAAGAACAGAGCAGUCGUAGACAAAAAACACUGCUGCUUCAGGGUGGCAAGAAAUAAUAUGUGGGAGUUACACAUAUAUACGCCAAAGCAUGCCGUUGAGUCCUUUGUAAUAUUUAACGAAUCUGCAUUUGCGUUUUGUGUGCCCUACGCAUUUGCCAUUGGAAUAAAUGGUGUGUCAACAAUUUCUCCAAAAUUUUGGGAAACCUAUGACGAAAACCCUUCGACUAAAGUACCCACAGAAAUUACCGCGAACGUGUUUAAUUCGACAAAAGCGCGGGAAACCUUUGGCGUCGAGUGGGUGAAGGUGUUUGUUUGUUGA